UUUUCGAGCUGACCAAGUUUUCGCAGCCUUCCUUCUCACUACCUUUCACAACGGAAAUUAACUGGGCUUGAGCUGAAAAGUCAGCAGGCUCAAUUGAAAAUCCCCCAAAAUUUUGAGGAUGCGGUCGGCACUCCGCAUUAUCCGCAGGCCAGGUUUCAGGAGCUUUGCUUGCAAAGCGCCCAAAUUUCCGGACCCAUCCUGUCUCCCGGUGGACCCCAGGUGUCACCAUGUUCCGGGAGACCGCUGCAUAGGGGCCAAAGAAGUGCUGGCUCGCGAAUUGCCUCGUGAGAAGUAUUUGGAUCAGUACGAGGGGACGGAGGGCAGGUGUUGUGUCCUGCGAUCGGCGGACAAAGAUCCCUGCGCGGUGAUGAAGCGCCCCAAGGUGCCCAAGGCAGUCAAAGAGCCCUUCCGCUCGAUGUGGGAGCCGCCGUGCCUGGCGGACGAACAGCCCUUCUGCAAGGACAAGCUGCCCCGCUUCGAUGCGAUCCACUACCAUCCGUCGAAGAAGUGCCGCUGCUACCAGCGCACAUGGGUGGAGUGUCCUCCCGUGAAACAGCGUCUGAAGAAGGUGUGCUGCCUGGACGGCAUCCACCCGCCCGAGGUUCUGUAUCGAGUAAAGGAUCCCUGUCCGAAUGUUUGCGGCAUGCCCUACAGAAGUCUGAGGCGCCUUUGCGAGGUAGGCGACUUGGAGCGGGAUCCUGAGAGCAAGUGCUCCAAGCUCUUCUGGCCCUGCUGUAAGCCGGCCAGGUGCGAUCCUCGAUGUCGCAAGCCUAACACGUUCUCCAUAUGCACCAAGCUGCGCGCUCCAUAUCCCUCGUUCUCUGAGAUGAGAGGAUGGACGAGACCGCGCCGGAAAAUCGAGUGCCAGUGCCUGAACCCCGUACCCCAAUGCAUAGCUGUUCGGGAGAAAAUGAGGAUGGACAGGUUUAAUCUCAAGCCCAGUUGCUAUAGACCUAGUACAAGCCAAACCUUUGAAGAACUCAUAUAGGAAUCCUGCCUUCUAGAACGAAGCAAUGGGCGCAGGAUGAUCACCACUUGUUGUCAUUGCCUUGCUCCAGAAGUCGGCCUUCCGCUUAUAAUAAAAUUGAUGCAAAAACAUACAGGAACAAAGGAAAAACAAUCAGUUAAUAUAAAUAACAUUGUACCUAUCCCUGUAGAGUGAAUUAAAGUGUAAAAGGAAACAAG